UGGAGGAGAGUCGAUUCCCUCAUCUGCAGGUAUACCCUGCUACCUACUGACAGGGUCUCUCGCAGGCUCCCACCACCCCUGGUCUUCGUUAAAUAUCGUUCGGAACAAAUUGGGUCGGCCUGUCUCUGUCUCUGUGCUGGGGCAUCCUCAAACCUCUGGAGAACUCUCAUCGACACGAUCCACGCCCUCUUUUUUUUUUUCCUUCUGGGCAUCACUGUGAUUGUUAAAGAGCUUUCCGCCGUUGACCAGAUUCAGAGCAGGUGUGUCCCCUCCCCUCUGUCUGUCCGUGUGGAUCAAUAAUGGUGGUGAAUUCCUGUUGCUUUGGCAAUUUCUCGUUUGUGUUUGGGUCAUUUAAGGAGAUUGGUCACCCGAAGAAAUGAGGUGGAGCUGAGGAGUACCUUCUGAUCCAUUGUACCCGUGAUUGUACCUGUGAUUGUGAUUCAUGGUCAUGGAUAGGCUAUGAAAAAGUACUAUGGUUACUGCUAUUAAUAGCUCAGGGGGCGUGUAAGAUGGGAUGAGGCUAACUUAGGAGAAAUUGAGAAAAAUAAACCUGUAAGGCAGAAAAUCACGGAGCCCAAGACACCAUACCAUCCCAUGAUUGAAGAUGAUGGUUCCCUAUCUCCUGUACGUCAUUUUGAUGAAUGCCUUGAUAAUGCUGAGCAUGCUGAUGCCAUAAGGACUGCCUUGAAUGAUGUAGCUUCAUCAAGUAGAAAUCACUCUAUGCGGUCUGGGGGUUGGACAUCUUCUGAGGAUGAGGCAGAUGCUAUGGACCAAGAUGAUGAAGGCUCUGAAUCAGAUAGAAGUGGUAUGAGUUUUCGGGAGCACAGAAGGGCACAUUAUGAUGAAUACCGUAAGGUGAAAGAACUGCAACGAGAGGGAUCUUUUCUAAAUGAUGAGGAGGAGGAUGGUGAUGGUAAGGUGGUUGUGGAGACUCCACUGGUCAAUGGUGCAAGGGAAAUAGAAAUCGAUGCUGGUGAUGAGACUUUGCCCAAACAAUCUCCUUCACCAGUCAAUGGGGCUUGAGAUGCUAGGCAGCAAAGCUGACCUUAAAAAAUUGGCAUGAAUUUUACUGGUGCCCUCAGAACAUUUUGGCACAAAAAUGCUGUGUUUUCCAAUGACCCCUGCUUUGGGGAUCCGUCUCAAAAUAGUUAUUGAGCUGUGUUAUCGACUGUCACUCUUUUGUAUUUCUAUGUGCUUGUUAAUAGAUAUUUUCUUUAUCACA